UCCCGCUCAACAAGUUCCCGGCGGCGGGCAGCCGGCCCGCGGCCCCCCCGCGCCUCCCGCUCCCCGAGCCGGGCUCCGCAGCCCAUGAGGGCGCCGGGGGAAGGCGCGGAGGCGGCGGCGGCUGCUGCCUCCUCCAGCCAGCGCUCCCGCGGCCGCCGCUGAGGGGCCGGCUCCGUCAGCCCGCCCGCUGCUCGGGGCGGCCCCGGCCCCGGCUCCGGCGCCUCCGAGCCGGGGGCAGCCUCGCCGCCCGGAGAGCGAUGCAGCGCCCAGGGAGCGCGCAGCCCCGCACGCCCUGGUGAGGACGCGCAAGGCAUCAUGGUGAGUAAGGAGCCCAGCAAAUGCUUACUUACCGCCUCGGAAAGCGAAGUUGAGCCAGCAGCUUCGCUUGCUCUGGAGAUGAAAUAUGCACUGGAUCCCAACCGGCAGAUCAAGAAGCGCAACAAAGCCCUGCAGGUGAGAUUCAAGGAUAUCUGCGAGGCCCAGAACGAGCAGCGGGACAAGCAGCUCUCCGGCAGCCAGGACAGCGACAAGCGAGAAGCGAAGGCCGUCUCCUACAAAACGGCGUACCGCAAGUACAUGACGGUGCCCGCCCGCAGGUCCAUCCCCAACGUCACCAAGAGCACGGGGGUGCAGACCUCCCCGGACCUCAAGAAGUGUUACCAGACCUUUCCUCUGGACCGCAAAAAAGGGAAUAUCAUCAAGAGCGCCUCGACCGGUGACACCUUCAAGGGCGAGAACAACGGGUUUCUCAUAGACCUCAAGGACAAGGAGGGCAGGAGCUCGGGGGAGGAGGGCCAGUGGGGCAGGAAGGCCGGCAGCCUGCAGACGGCCGAGUUCAUCUCCCACGUGGGCGAGCGGGCGUGCACGGGGGCCUGGCAGGGCGCCGAGCUGCCCGGCUGCCCCCUCCACAACGCGGCCAAGCCGGAGCCGGGGAGCGAGGAGCCCGGCCAGCCCCUCCACGGGAGGGUGUUUAAAACGGAGGUGGCCACCGUUUACCUACCGGCGGGCGGCGCGGACGCCUCGCAGCCCGAGCUGCCUCACCUCGCGGCCGAGCCCGACUGGUCGCUGUGCCCGGCGGGCGAGGAGGACAGAAAGAGGACCGUGCACCUGAAUGGCGUCCAGCCGCAGGCCGGGGACGCGCCCGCCUGCCCGCUGCAGGCCCAGUGCCGAGCCAGCGAGUGUCACGAGCGGAGCCUCCAGGUCGACGUGUCGCCCAUGGAGGGCGCGCAGCCCUGCCAGGCCGCCGUCGCCCUGAGCGAGGAAUGCCAGCAAAUCGUGCCUCACACCGAAGUUGUGGACUUGAAAGCGCAGCUUCAGAUGAUGGAAAAUUUGAUCAGCUCCAGUCAGGAAACCAUAAAGGUGUUGUUGGGUGUUAUACAGGAGCUAGAGAAAGGAGAAGCUCACAGAGAAGGGCUUUCAUAUCGGACUGGUCAAGACACGGCUAACUGCGACACGUGCAGGAACAGUGCGUGUAUUAUCUACAGCGUGGAAUUGGAUUUUAAGCAGCAAGAAGAUAAACUACAGCCAGUUUUGAGAAAACUUCAUCCUAUCGAGGAAACUCAGGUUGCACCUUUGCCUUAUUCUCAGGAGAGCUACUCCUCAACUCCCAAGCAGAAAUCCAAAACUGAAUCAAAAAAGCAUGGAAGAUGGAAACUCUGGUUCCUUUAACCAAGUCCAUUACACGUAGAGUUCAAGGCCUUCUCUGAAGAAGAUGUGGAGUUGUGUCAAUCACCUACAACGGGAUCUCUGCAGCUUGAUCCGUGCUGCCGGCCGAUGCUGUUCUGACGCCGCCGGCAGCGUUCAGCUCUCACCGUAUGUACCAAAAAGGCCUUUGUACCUAGGAACUCGUGUUCGGGAGCAAGGCGUUACCUGACACCUUGCCAACUUUUAUUUGCGGUUCACCAAUGUGGGAUGUAAAACCUGAAUUGAAAUUUGUACAAAAUGGAAAGUAAAACUAUUCCCCCCCCCUUAGAUCUGAGAGCAUCACAUUCUAACCUGUUCAAUCGUAGGCUGUCAUCCUGUACGCAGCGCAAUAUCACUGUUGUUUUAGAGCCUUCUGGGGGUUUGGUUUGUCGUCUUUUAAACAACGAGGGGAAAAAAGCGAGCAAGCCUUAUGUUUGCAAUGGUCUUCAGUUUUACAAAUCCAUGUUGAUCGGGGAGUGCAGUUUUCAGCACAUAUAUCCUGGACAAAGCACAAUUUUUCAUGUGGUCCGAGACCAUGAAUACUCUCUAAGACGUGACUAUGUGUAUAUUUGCCUUCAUGUGUUGUAGACUUCAACCAAGCUAUCACAUUUUGACAACGCACCGUCAUUUCUAAUUUAGCUGUGUCCUCAUCACCAGAAGAAGUCUGCUGCUCUCCUCCAGCAGGCGAGCGGCUAGAAAUCUCCCAAAUUCAGGACAAGCCUUUAACCACACCAAGCUGACAGGGUCAAGGCCACAGGACAAACUGUCCUAGAUCUCACUUUUAAUUUUUUGGUACCCGAAAGGUCUAAAUGACAGAUUCUGGCACAGGAAAAAAAAAAGAAAAAGAAAACCACAAAAGAACAAUAAAAAGCUCUACCAAUUGCUGGCGUUUGCCAUAAUGUAGUAUCUUUUUCUAAUGCAAUCUUUGGAAAACCUCUACGUUACUGCAAAAGGCACCAUAAAUUUUAUAGUACGCAGUAUGCUUUGAAACCUGCUUGGAAGAAGCAGCAAUUUUUAAAGCUAUUUAUUUAUUUAUUUACCAAGCUUCUCAGAUGGGUUUCCCAACCAACAUAUUAGAGUUUAUACCUACAUCUACUAAUUGUACUUAAUAACCAAUGCACUUAGGGAACAAAUGUGAAUCAAAUUUCUUUUUUUUUUGACACUUAAAAUUUUGCUCGGAAUUAUAAACUGGAACCCUUUCCCUUAAGUCUUUGUUACUGUCAUUAAAGUCCUAACAAAAAUGACCAUUUGUGGAAAAAAAUCUCCUGCUGGAAGAGGCAUGGGACUGGGAAUACUGUUGGUGUUUUUAACGAGUUAAGAUCAUUUGAGUCAUACAGCGUUAUGUGACAAACUGGGUUACUGUAAGUUGGUUUUGAAAUUGCACACCCUGCAGCAUCAUUAAGAUACAAAUUCUUCGGUCUUUAGGUGGAAGAAAAGUAAUCAUUAGCAGAGGAGCUUGCACAUAGUAACAAACUGGAAAUGCAUUCACUUACACCGUUUCUUAGCUCGACAUAAAGCCCGUUACUACAAGAAAAUUUGGGGAAAGUCACAUGCUAUUUGGUUUGGGGAAAAAUAAGAAAAGGAGGUUAAAAAGGGAACAGAAAUGCAGGAGGUGUUUAUGUCCACCUUGAAAUUGCUUCGAGCAUGCUUUAAUGAAAAAGUCACCUUUGUAGUGACUUCAGGAGGGCUCCGAGUUCUUGUACAUAUAUACCAUCCCAAAAUACUUCUGUGAAAGCUGAAGGAUUAAGAAAAGGUAAUUGGUCCUGUGUACCAGGAAGGAAGUGCAAUUGUUUCAUCUGGAAAAAAAAUGUGUUUCACGUAUUUUAUAGUUUUUUUAAUUAAAUACAUAGAGCUGUUUACAGGGCAGCCCACCUUAUGCGUUCUAGAAACCCAAAUAUUUCCAAACAAGAAAAUCUAUUUUUUUUUUCCUAAAAAGAAAUAUCAAAUAUGGACAUAAUAAGAAAAUACAACAAUAUUCAGUAUUUCAACAUAGCAGUAAUACUUUAUAAACUCGUACAUGCUACCAUGCCAUUUAGUUUAAGUAAUUAAAUCAAGCAUCUCUCAAUGGCAAUCAAUUACAAAUCAUUAGCAUCACCUAAUCAGUAGCUUUUCCCAUAAAUCUAUUCUAAACGUUGUUGUGUGCAGGGACUCUGACACCAAACAACUAUUUCUGUGCGGUUCCUGACUCAUCCAGAGGCCAGUAUUCUGUAAUCAGUUAAAAUGUCAGAGGAGAAGUCACUGGUGAAACAUAUAAGAGCUAAAAGUGAAAGUUCUCACGGCGUGUUCUGUACAUGUCCAGGCUAUUUUCUUAAGAAGUUGCAGAUUUUUAAUUUUUUACAUUUUUUUAAAAUGGAAAAGCUAACAUACGUAGUCUUGCUUACAAUUACAUAUCGUGUUAUAUCGUACCAUACAAUGUAAUUUGUAAUAAAAUGUUUUUGCAAGUGUGUAAAAUGUAUCAUAUUGUAUUGCAUUUAGAAUCACUCAGGCUAGGUACCGAGAGACAAACCUGAUUCAUUAGAGCUUUUACUUAAGUGUGACUGACAUGAAGCUAUUUUCACCCUAAUGUAGGUGAUCUUAUAAACUGCAGGUAUGAGGUUACAACAGAGAAAAUGCAUCUUCACUUCCAGUGCGGCACAUAGCAUAGCUUUGCCCAGUUCCCUGAGAGCAUCACGCACUUUAAUACACCGAUUUGCUAUAGGCACCUCUCCCACACCAUGCUGAAAAUAUUUUUAGCCGAUAGAUACCGCAGUGAUUUUAUACUCCUUGUUAGUUUCCAAGUCCGUCUAAUUUCCAUUUAGCAGCAGCUCCAUUCUUUGUUUUAGAAGUGUCAGGAAACACCACUCAUGUAAGCACCACUUGUUUUCUUAAAGGAAAAAAAAUCACUGUAAAAAUAGCUUAAAAAUCAGGAUAACAUGAAAAAAAUCAUGAUUAAAACUGGAAAAUCCUACCAUCAGUACAAAGUGUUUGCUUUUUCUUACUUCAGGUGCAGAAGUGUCUAUGCCGUUAAUUUCGCUCAAGGUUUUAUCGGCUAAUCGCUUUUUCAAAAUCAAAUGGAUUCAUUUUGAUGAACCCUUUCAAAUCAAGCCCCCUGUUAGAUCAUCCCGGUUCUUCAGCACCCGUACAGCAGCGCACAUCGUGCGUUGCUCCUGGAAUCUGUUAGCGGAAUUGCCGCUAAAAAUGGGACUGCGCGAUUCUGCCGUAGCGGGAGGAAACAGAGCGCACGCAACAACUGCUAGCGUUACCUCAGCACCCGCAAAACGCAACUGGGGCUUAGUGAAGCGACUGCAGUGCUGGCAAUUCGCUGGCAGCUUGUCGGGGUGGAUGCGGUUUGUUCGGUGAAACAUUGGUGUGGAAUACUUGACACCCGCUCGCUGCAUCGGUGACAGUAAUUCAUGUUAAGACAUGGAAGAAGCUUGGUGUCAGCGACGGAAAGAAAUCGUGACCUAACUCAAACACCACUUCAGCUUCUGUGAAAUCAGUUUCCAACACAACUUCAAAUGUUUUCACUAAAAGGAAAACAUGCAGAAAUUAGAUUUUGUUUUUAUUCAGUUGCACCUUUAGAUACCCAGUGAAGAAAAUGAAGCUUUCUGCCUAUGGUUUGGAACUGCCAUCCGUUGUAACCUGCGGAGUUUAGGGUUACAAAGACAAUUUACGUCAUCUAGCUUCAGCUCAUCAGCAAGGUAAGCUCCAGAACUCUCUCUCAUGACCCUCAGUAACUCGAGUUUCACUUACAAACUCCUUCUGGGAAGGCAUGCGGCUUUGGAAAUGCCAAGAGAGAAUCCACCACUUUCACCUGUUAUUCCAGCCUCUACUUCCCACAUCAGUGCCGUGCUCCGCUCUGCUCCACACUUCUGUCUCUCCUGCGCUGUCACCAGCUCCUCUUCCUUCCUCUGACAGGCGUCAUUUCCACCCUACAGAGAUUCUCUUCCACUGCACCCAAGAAGCACCCCUAAAUCCUCUGUUAACUUCAGGUGGCUGAAGGCUCUCACAUCACAAAUCACUUUCUCGACUUUCUGAUAAUUUCUCCAUCUCCUCAAUUUUGGUCUCACUGCAUUCUUUCCCAAAAUGUCUCACGGAAAAAAAAAAAAGGCAAUGUGGGAAAUAUUCCACGCACCAGUAAAGCCACAAAGUCCUCUACUACCCACUGCUCCCUGGUCACACAUGCCAAGAGAAUUCACAGCAGCCUUUUUUCUGACGGUAUCACAGUGGUUUUCAGCUGCCUCUUCCCCAUAGACCGCAAAGUGCUUUUCAGAGCCCCUGCUCCCAGGGACAGAGGCUGGCAGGAGCAGGACCACUUCCUACCCCUCUGCUCUUAAAUCCCAGCUAUAUUUUCUCUCUGGCAAUAAGGAAUGUGAUUUGCUCCACAAUACAGAGGAAUCGAGAUUGUCUAUUUAAUAGAUUCACACUUCUGCUGUCUGAAGCAUCCUUCCAAAACUGACCACCCAGGGAUCCGACAGCCCUGGCCAGAUGGGCUUCCUGAAAUUAAGGAGUUCAGCAACCAGCUUGGUUUUUUUGGCUUUGUAAAUGAGGAGCAAACCGAGCUGCUGACCACAAUGCAGCUGGGAGUAGCUGUGAUUCACUGCGGACCGAGCAUCGUGCCUGGUCAGCUCAGAUUUACCGGGGGCUGCAAGACGCUGACGCGCCGGGAGCACAGCGUUCUUCAGACGGUGCUGGCCAAGGGAAGAGAUUAUUUAAGUUAUACUUAGAGAAAGAGUCAAGGAAGUCUGCUCAAUUUACUUUUUUCAGACAAUGCAUCUUCCAGAAGGGAAGGUUUUGUGAUCCGGCUGCAGGUGAAUUCGCAAAAGAAUAAAAGUAUCUAAAUCUCACCUUCACUGAGAAUAACCUGCACAGCACCUCUGCCUCACUUAGCAAACAGACCAAGGAAAACCAGCAAAGUGAGACUUCCAGAAAAAUCUAGCCAGAAAUAACAAGUAGUUACAUGGUGAAAUGUUUUGGUUUGUUUUUUUUAAAUCUUCCAAACUCACUUGAUAUGGCAAGUGGGGAACAAACGCUAACUUCCACGUAUAUAAAGUCACGGCUUUCACCGAAGACUGAAAACCUUUAAAAGGUUUACGCCCCGUCUCCCACGUUCAGAUUGAGAUACAGUACAAGUUACCAAAAAUCCCUUCUCAUUCCCUGGACCAAGGUGGAAUACCAGUAAAUUCUACGCAAAACAGGCAAAUUCCAUUGGAUUUCUGCAUGGGUGCUGGCUCAGCGCCCCGGGGCUGUGCACCACCUUGCACCAAAGGUCAGCAUCUUCUGCAAGCAGGUACUACGUCCAGCACACCCAUCGCUCAGCAACACUUUUCCAAAGGAAGCUGACCCGGUAACACUUGUAUCAGCAUCGCACGUACAAAACCCCAUCCGCACGUUAUAACAGAGAGCAAGCUGUUGAAUUAUUUACAGUAUCUUUACUAGGCUCUAAUCAUACGUUCUCCUGUACCAGCAAAUUCGGUGCCCCGUGCUCCCGUUACACCAGGGCACCCAGCGACCCGAGGGCACGCUGAAGACCCCUGCCCACACGGCAGAAGCCCCGACGCGAUGCUGCAGAGCUCGGCCCCACGGCACCGCUCCCCGGCAGCCCCGGCGCCUUCUCACGUAGCCAGCACAACCCAGCUUAAGUCAGGAGCACCUCCAGCUCUGACACGGGGACGGAGAACACGACGGAGACUGAAAUAGGAAUGGGACCGAGGUGAAGACGUGCUCACUGCAGCACACCAGCACAGCUCUGCUUACACAAGGAGCAAACUGCACGUGCCCUGUAGCUUGCUACUUCCGAAAAAGUUAUUAGUUCAACUACGCCUCUCCGAGAUCAUUCAUUUUUAAACCUCCUUCCUUCUCCUCGUCCCGGAUGAUUAAUUCUCUAACGCAAAUUCCAGGUAAAACUGUUCUAGCGGCGAGAAAGGAAAAGUUAAUGCAUAAUUUCAGCCUGAUGCUGAUCCAAGAGGGGUCAGGUUGUGCCUGCUAAUUAGCGGCUGCAUUUUAAUCUGCCGACUUUGUUGACGCCACAGAGAUGAAUUGCUACCGGUUUGAUCACAGGAGGAUUCUUUCAGCAACGGCCUGAAUUUUAAGCUAACAGUAAGUACUCCUUGAAAGUACCUGGCCCUAUUAAUAGGCAUUACCUAAUCACAGUGUGCGCGGAUCGAGUGAUUUCCAGCUGUACUGACGACCACCACGGGUAUUUCUAACACAACCGUACUGAGUUGAAAUACGUACAGGAGAAAUUUUCAAAUCUAGUUAAGUUCAAAAGGAGUAAUUAACAUUUUAAUACAGUAUCUAAAUAACAUUCAUCAAAAGAAUAAUUAAUUCACAGUCAAACUGCACCGAAGAAAUUUCCCAUGCAUAUGUCUUAAAAGACUUAAACCUACUUCACAGCUGGGGGACGAAGAAGAAAGUUUUGUGCCCUAGUACAGAUGGAUAUUUAAAUAUAAUCUAUUCUGCAUAUUAUUAGUAAUUUCUGUGGUAAUACACAAAGUUACAACAUCUAAAUCUUACUUUUUUUUCCACUUAUUAGAAUCCAACCUUAUUAUAUUCUGCAAGAAUGAGAGCCACUCAUAACUGGGUUUUGCUCCAACAAAGGAUCUGGUGAUCCAUUAUCACUUUUUAUGACAAAAACUAUGAUUGCAAAUCAAUGUGAUGAAAGCUAAGACAGGAAAUAAAAGCUAGUGGAUGAAGCAUGAAAGACAGAACUAACACUGUAGUAUGCUUGCAGACACGACCAUCACUCUGUGUAAACGGGACAGCAGCAGGUAAGAUGCGCAGAGGAAAGAACUCUUUGUAAUAAGAAGUAAAGUAUCACUGUGUGCAAUUACACGGAAAUAAAAUAGGAAAAGAAAGAGGAGACCAAAAAGAAAAAAGUGCUAAUGGCCUCCCCCAUUUGACUAGCAGAUAAACACUUUAAGGAAAAGUGUGACUUCAGGUGGGCUUAACGACAGCAAAAAAUCAGUGUGUUGAACCGAAUCAAACCAGAAUCACAUAGAACAAUGAUAACCGCUCAGAAAGAUGAAAACCCUGGUCCGAUUUGACCAGUGCCCCCACCACCACCUACGUAAGCCACAGAAAAAUGACAAGCCGACGCUCUACAGCCUACUGAGCACACACAGCCAGUUACAGAAGGAUUUGAUUGCUUUGGAUCACUUGGGAGUUAAAUCCCAUUACAGCCUGGUUCAAACAGACGCGACAAAGGUAUUGAAGUUUACA